UAUUGCUUUCUUUUUUUUGCUGUUCACCUGAUGCUGAGAUGGUUCUUAAAGCUUGGGAAGUGCUGGAGAGGGGAAAGGGAAGAUCGUCUGAAGGAAGUCUGAACAGUGGAUUUUUUAAAUAUAUUUUUUAUGGGAUUUUUCCCCGUAGAUGUUAAUUUGAUUAAGGUUAAAUUAUGCUUGGAGCUGUAGCAGACUGGCCAGCAGAUUGAUUUUCUCCUCCCUCCAUCCCUAGCAAGUAUAAAUUCAGUGUGCAAAGCUUGCACUCCGUCGGUUGCUCCAGUAGUGAACCGAACUGUUUAUAAUGUGAAAUGCGCUCACACGGAUGGAAGAUGUCAGGGGUCGUAAGUUUUCAUUGGAUGCCAUAGAGCUUAAUUUUACAGAUUUUUGUAGCGAAAGUGUUAAGAUGGCAGAAUAACCAUGGGAGACUGGAAUUUCCUUGGAGGCAUUUUAGAGGAGGUCCACAUUCAUUCCACCAUUAUUGGGAAGAUUUGGCUCACUAUCCUCUUUGUAUUUCGAAUGCUUGUCCUCGGAGUGGCAACUGAGGAUGUCUGGAAUGAUGAACAGUCAGAAUUUAUCUGCAACACCGAGCAACCCGGCUGUAGAAACGUGUGCUAUGAUGAGGCCUUCCCUAUCUCCCUCAUAAGGUACUGGGUCUUGCAGGUUAUCUUUGUGUCUUCCCCUUCCUUGGUGUACAUGGGUCAUGCCUUAUACAGACUAAGAGCCUUAGAGAAAGAGAGACAAAGGAAGAAAGCUCAGGUGAGAGUGGAGCUUGAAAGCACUGAAUUAGAAAUGACCGAAUAUCGGAAAAGGCUGGAGAGAGAACUCCGGCAACUGGAUCAAAGGAAGCUGAACAAAGCACCCCUGCGAGGCUCUUUGCUCUGCACUUACGUGAUACAUAUUUUCACUAGGUCUGCAGUGGAAGUCGGUUUUAUGAUUGGCCAAUAUCUGCUUUAUGGGUUUCGGCUGGAUCCCCUUUACAAAUGUCAGAGAGAUCCAUGUCCAAACGUCGUUGACUGCUUUGUAUCAAGACCGACAGAAAAGACGGUGUUCAUAUUAUUCAUGCAAUCGAUAGCGACUGUGUCAUUGGUUUUAAAUGUCUUGGAAAUUAUCCACCUAGGAUUACGAAAAAUUAAAAUGGGUCUUUGUGGGCAGGAGGACAACAAGGGUGGCCAUGGCAAUUUCUACAUAAACAAAUCUAAGAAAUACUCUGUGAUACCACGGUCUUCUUUGGGAAUGCCUGCAACCCCUCCAAAAACUCUUCCUUCUGUACUUAGUGGUUAUGCAUUUUUAAUGGAAAAGCAAACCGACACUGCCAUCUACCCGGUUCUAAAUUCUCCUCCCAUGUUUCAGUCUCUUCAAAAUAACCAUACAGAAAAUAGCAGCAACUACACCCAUCACAAUCAGGAAAAUAAAUUGCCGAGGAAAAGGCCAGCUACAAGUGCUUUAAAUGAUCAGAAUCGAAAUAUUAGCACAAAUAACGAGGGCUUGCCUAGCAGGCCUGAGACUGAAGCAAAUAAUUCUCAGAAAGAAGCUGAUCAGAAACAUUUCCUUGCUGGUACUCAGAACGCAGAUACAGCUCCAAGUAUGUGCUUGAGAAGCUUUGCUGAAAUGCCGUCACAACCAUCACUGCAACCUUGCACUUUUCCCGCUGCCAGCUUCAGAAGGCAGCAAGGAAUCAUUUCCUCCUGGAACUGCUCCGCAGCCGUCGAGAGUGCUGGCUCUUCCACGAAUUCCCUCACAAAGAGCAGCAGCAGAAGACAAAGUGGUCUCAGUGCAAACCAAGGGCAGCCACCUUCCAAAACCGACGCCAGAAAUCGCAGCCGCCCAGACACUCCCGACUCCGUUGGGGAGGUGAGCUCCGGCUCUCGCCAGAGCAGGGGCUGCGGCAGCCCCCAGCUGCUCCCCGUGUCCGGGCGCCCGUCCCUGUCCAGCAGUGCUGGCAGCCGGCGUGCCCCCACCGACCUGCGCAUAUAGCGCGAGCGCGCCGGUGAAUCACGCUACCCGGUGCCGGGGUAGUGACUGGAAGUUGUGAUAUACGAGCUUUUUAUAAGAGUAGCCGCCUCGUUUGACUUCCACCAUCUGUUUCACAGAAGUGAAAAUAGAAGUUGUGUAGCCCUUUGCUUAUUAGCUAAGUAACUUUUAAACAGUCUGCUUCUUGGCAAUGAAAGGAUGGCUUGAAGCUCAGUGCCAAACUUGUACGUUAACACCCCAGACAAGAAGGAAAACGUACAUCAUAUAAACCCAUGCAUUAGGAAGUCAGGACUAAAAUUACAGCUGUACCUAAACAGAUAAAAGUAGAAGACAAAAUUACAGUCUAAAAAUGUAUUUUACAAAGACCAGUAAAUGAAAUUAGGCUAAAGAAAGCACUAGAACACCUGAGAAACAUGAAUUAUCAAUAAAUAACUUCAUUCUUAAUCUAAGAAUUCACAUAGUUGAUAGCUCUUUGGAAGAAGAAUGUCAAGUAUAUUCUGCUGUUUGAACUAUUAAAUACAAAAAUAACAAAACAUUGGAUAAAUGUUUCAUUUA